AUGAAUCCGUAUGAAGCAUACGGUUCUCCUCCCAACGACAGAUCAGAGAGAUCCCCACCGGCCAGAUACCGACCUCGCGAUGAGGAGCCACCAUACGAUCGGACGGAUUCGUACCGGAGACGAUCCCCAGUGAGUGACCGCCGACGUCCACCGCCUCGAAAUCGUUCGCGCUCGCCCGUGGGCAUUGACCGUUAUCAGCCUGACCGCGAUCGCACCACACGGGACGACUACUACGAUGCAGCAAGAGCUGCGCCCAGAGAAAGAGAUGACCGAAGACGGGCCCCGUCCCCAGGUGGUGCCAAUAUCGACCGGUACGUGCCCGGACAAGAACCUAGUAAACCUGUAGUUCGGGUUAAUCCACUGGCAAACCCGCUCUCGCUCGACACACAAGCCGGAUUCAGCUUUUUUGCCGAUUGGUGGAGAUGCGAAAACCAGAUCAAAGAAGAGAAAGAGCGAGCCAAGCAUGGCGGACGACGACCCUCGGAUCGCGUCAAGGGUGAGCGAGAGGCCCGAGAAGAACGAGAAAAAGAACGGGCACAGAUCCAGCAAGCAUACGAUCAGUACAAACAAGAAUUCCAGAUCAAGAUGGCCAAGCAAUUCGUCAUGCAGCACAAGAAUGAAGAAUGGUUCAAAGAACGCUACGUCCCCGAGGUACGGGAUCCGAUCCGGAAGCGCCUGAUGCAGUCCCGCCAAGGUGCUUUCGACCGAUGGUGCAACGACAUCGAGACCGGCGUCUUUGACGAAUUCACACUGGAGGGAAUCUACAAGAACGACAGUGACGGCGCUGGUGGUAUGGUGGAAAAGGAAGAAGGCGAGGCCGUCGGUGGCGGGGAGGUUUUGGGCGUGCUAGACCUGGUCCCGGCCAAAGGAGGCGAUCUGAAAGACGAGUCAAUGUAUGAGCCAGCCCUUCUUAUCAAAACCCUGGCACCAAAUGUCGGCCGCGAUCGGAUCGAGGAGUUCUGCAAGGAACAUCUCGGUGAGGACGAGGGCGGCUUCAAGGGUUUGUCGUUGAGCGACCCCAAUCCGGCCAAGAAGUUUCACCGCAUUGGGUGGAUCAUGCUCAAACCUGGCCCGGAUGAAGAUGGUGACGCCAUGCAGGAGGUCGAGCGAGGGGAUGGUCGUGACGAUGACGGUGAGGAGGGUGAAGAAAAAGCGGAAUCGGAAAAGAAAAGUGUUGCUCAAAAGGCCUUGGAGCUGAUCAAUGGCAAGACAAUCACCGAUCCUGAUCGCGGGGACUUCACAUGCCACGUUGGUGUUCACAACGCACCCAAUGCCCCUCGAAAGAAGGCUCUUUGGGAUUUGUUCUCGGCCCCGGAGCGGAUCGAGCGGGAUUACGAGCUCGCCAGGAGACUGAUCUCGAAGCUCGACUCGGAAAUGGGCAAGGAUGAGACAGACGGCGGGCUGGUCAAGAUCGACGCUAGAGUGGAGCAGAUGAGGAAUCAGGGUCUGCUGCAACCUCCACCGAAGCCCAAGAAGCCAAACUUCGAGGACAACGACGAUGAAAUCAAAUUUGACGAAGAGGGUGAGGAAGGAGAAGAAAAUGAAGAGGAGCAGGAUGACGAAGAGCUGUUGGUGAUCAAGAAGAAACUCGACUUGAUGGUGGAAUAUCUUCGACGAGUCUACAAUUUCUGUCUGUUCUGCGUCUUCGAGUCCGAUUCGGUUCACGAGCUCGUUCGAAAGUGUCCUGGAGGUCAUCUUCGACGACCAAGGGCUGGGCUGAGUAGUGCGGCCAAAGCUGCUGCCCGAGCCAGCGCUCUUGGCGAACCGUUCCCGGGAAGCAAGAAGGAAGGCUACGACGGCGAGCCCCUCAGUCCCGUGCAGGAAAAGCGACCUUCCAAGUACAACAAGAACGAUCAGCAGCUCCUGCGGGCGUUCAAUUGGGUCAAGACUUUUGAAGAAAAGGUCUUGCAGAUCCUGGAGCCCGAAUAUGUCGACUUGAAGAAGAUCGGUGGGCGGCCUGUGGAAGAAGCGUUGAACGAAGAACUUGCCAAAUUCGUCAAACAAGAAGACGAAGCCAAGUUUCGAUGCAAAGUUCCAGAGUGUACCAAGUUGUUUAAAGCCGAGCAUUUUUGGAGGAAGCACGUGGAAAAGAGACACGAGGAAUGGUUCCAAGGUCUCAAAAAUGACCUCGAACUCGUCAACCGAUAUGUGCUGGACCCAUCGCAUAUUGCACCGUCGCGCUCCGAUGCCAACUCGAACGGCCAUUUCCCACUACCUAGCAAUCAUCACCUCAACAACGGGACUCCUCGUGGAUUCAGUCUGCAGAACAUGGGGAUGAACAUGAUGAACUUUGGCCAGAACGCCAUGUUGGGCAUGGCCAACGCGCAAACACCAUUUGUGCCGGGUGUCAACUUCAACACGGACGGGAUGAAUGGUGGCGGGGGUCAUUCUGGGGGUCCUAUUCGUCGCGGUGGAGGAAGGUAUGGCAAUCGGUCGGGUCCAUAUGACCGCAACCAGCGCAACACUCAACGCGGGUACAACAAUGUGGGGUCGAUGAUGAGAGGCAACCUUCUACCUGGACUUAAUCCCGGGUUUAUCGCGCAAGGCGGUGGAGGUGGUGGCGGGAAAUGGGGAGAUGGAGCCGGCGGGGGCAUGAAUGCCGUCGGACCUCGAGAGGCCGUCCAAGGCCGAAGCAUAAAGAGCUACGAGGAUCUUGAUGCUCAACCCAACGGGGCUGGAGGUGGUGCAGGUGCCCAGGCUGCUGCGCAAGCGGGAAGUGGCGCCGAACUAGAUUAUUGA